AUGAAUAACCAUGGCGGCGACAUAAGCGAUUUCCAUAACCGUGGUGAUAUGGAGCUCGGCAGUGACGCUUCAGCAACGGCAGCGACGACGCCGACGGCGACACCAACGAUUGGUGGCGAACCCCCGACGCAGCACGGCUCAACGGUUAUCAUGGUAAGCGGUGCCGUUGACGAGGGUGGCGACGAAAUAGUUGACCAAGACCGCCCCGUUGACCUUUCUGCUUCGACUAAUACUCGUCCCUCGACGAUCGACCGCGUCCCGACGCCGAUGUACUGUCGCCGGCAAGAAAUCCCCAUCACGCGACGGGUAACUGGGUUGCCCGAUCUGGACGCGGAUGUCCUUCUGUCUAUAGCGCGUAUGACGGGUCGCCCUCUCCGAACCAUCGCCGUCCUCGCCUCCUGCAGCACGCGGCUCCGCCGUCUCGCCGUGACAGACCUCUGGCCCCUCUAUUGUCACACCCGCGCGCAAGAUCUCAUCGGAGAUCUUUACGCGCAGCAGGAGGAGGCGAAACGGCGGAGAAACGGCGGCGACAGCAGCGGGUCGACUCGCACGACGAGUCUUUCCAACCUAAAACUCGUCCGGUUACCAGCCGCCGCUCUUUCGCCGAAGCUUCUCAGCUACUCGCCCGGUAUUCUCGAGGUGCCGUUCAGCCUGCUGAGCCCGCGAAUUAAGGAGCUCGUGGAGAAAGUCGGCCAAUGGUGGUCCGACGGAUACUUUGACGGUGACGACGCGAGCCGUUGUUCCGAUAUUUUCAUGGAUGAUCGCCGGAGGAGGAGCCCGUGGCGCAUGUGUAGACGCGCCGCGGCGCGCAUUGCGUGGGUGCCUGUGAUUGCCGUGCUCGUGCCGGUCGUCGUCACGUAUUUCGCAUGCGUUUUCGCGAAGCGGACGGCGCGGACCGCGCGACGUGUGGCCGUGAGGGGAGGGAGGAGGCUGGCGAGGAGGGUUGGGGAGACGACGGUGGGGAGGGAGGGGAGGAUGAUGGUGUCGAGAAUCAGACAGAGAAUGGGAUGGAGGGAGGAUGAGGUGGCGGGAGGAGGAGGGGGGGGGCUUGACAUUGAGGCAAUUCUGAGAGGCCCGGGAUACGCAGACUGGGAUGGCAAUGUGCGUGGAAACGGGGAUGACGCAGAUGAUUUCGUGGAGCGUUAUGGGCGCAUCGCGAGAUGCCAUGACGGGCAUCAGGAACAGGAGCAGCAGGAUACGCAGGAGCAGGAGGAGCAGGAGAAGGAGAAGGAGAACCAGGAGGAGAGGGAGGAGGAGGAGGAGGAGGAGGAGGAGGAGGAGGAGGAGGAGGAGGAGGAGGAGGAGGAGGAGGAGGAGGAGGAGGAGGAGGAGGAGGAGGAGGAGGAGGAGGAGGAGGAGGGGGAGGAGGGAGAGGAGGGGGUGGGGAAGAGUGAGGGGGAAGGGGAGGCAGGGGUGUCGUUUGCUGUGAUGGAGCCAUCGUCAAACAUCUGGGACAUCUCCAUCUGCCGAGGCUUCCUCGAUGCGUUCCAGCACACAGAGUUGUAUCGACAGCUGGCAGCUCGGUCUGCUGCUGCCGAUGACCAUGGCAAAUGCCCUUUCUGCCGCUGCAAGGUUUGGAACGCAUUGGACACGCUUGCACAGAUGGACCACAUGCGGGCUUUAAGCUUUGCGAUAUGCGAGAAUGUGAGUGGCCGAUGCGAAUGGUUCAGUGUUUUACAGUUGCAAAACUUUAGAGUAGUGAACUGCAGUGUGCUUGCCGGCUGCGUAGACCCAUUCCUAGUUUAUUUCCGUUUUUAUUUGUCUCACACACUCUCACACACUCGUUUACGCACCCGCACAUGCAUGCAUGCUUGCAUUUGUGUCUCCCACCCUCAUUCAAACAUGGCUACCUCUGUCCCUCUGAUCUUGCAGGGCCACUUUUGCGGAUUAUUUAAAGAGAGAACGUAG